AUGCCUGAGCAUGACCCGCAGCGCCGCCGCCGACUCACCGCGGGGGGCGGGCGGGCGCCACCGGCCCGCGCUGACUCACCGGCGUGGAGAGACGGCGCCGUAGAGGAACAGCGGCGAUCCCGCGCCCCGCACCCACCCACCAGCCCGGCGCGGUCUGCCUGGCCUGGCCUGGCCCCGUUCCGCCGGCGGGAGCCCCUCCCCCCAGCACCGAGGGCCGCACGAGCCACCGGCGAGACCCCCGGCUCCCCCUCGGCCCCCGAGCGCGCCGCGAUCGAUCCCCACGCACCGCCAGCCACGCCCGCUCCGCUGCCCGGCCCGCGGCGGGCGGAGCGCCGGGAGCGCCGGGCCCCGGCCGGACCCUCUAGCGCGGCCCCGGCGCGCCGCGCACGCCGCCCGCCGCCAUGUUGGUGCCCGCAGCGCCCCCUGCGCCCGUUGGCCGCGGGAAGCGGCCCCGGGGAGGGAAAGGCGCCCCCCGCCCGCCGCGCAGCGGCAGCGACACAGCCCGGGCCGGCCGCCUCAGGCCCAGCAGCGCCUCUGGGCACCAGCUCCGCUUCAGCGGCCGACCAUGCCUUCUGCGUUGGUUUCAUUUCCAGAGGUAGUUAA